AUGAGAUGUUCUCAAACAUGGCCAAGAAAAAAAGAACUAUCUGAUCUCGAUGACAUCCUGCGUUCUUGUCUGGUAUCCAUCACCAACACUAAUUUGGAUGAUCAAGCUUGGACUCAAGCAAGUUUUCCAGUGAAUAAAGGUGGUCUCGGAAUACGUCGUACAGAGGAACUAGCUCUCCCAGCCUAUUUGGCUUCGGUUCACUCUGUUGCCGGUCUGGUUACCAGUAUUAUUCCUGAGUUCGUGGUCGAGAAUGAAGCUUCCUCAGCAAUUAGAGAAUGGUGCAGAUUAACUGGGUUACCUCCACCUUCUACUUCAGUUCAAAAACUUUGGGAUAGUCCACUAGUAAAUAAAGCUUGGGACAGAAUCAUAUCUUCCACCUCCGUCCGUGAUAAAGCUAGACUUCAGGCAGUUUCAUUGAAAGAGUCUGGAUCAUGGCUCAAUGCAUUCCCAAUACCUAGCCUUGGUAAUUUCCUCGAUGACAAUUGUCUGAGAAUUCCUGUUGCAUUACGUCUGGGUGCAGCAUUAUGCUGUUCAUAUGAAUGCAUUUGCUGUACUGAAGUUGAUGUAUAUGGUCAUCAUGGAUUGAGCUGCAAUAAGAGUUCAGGAAGAUACAUGCGUCAUUCAGCAAUCAACGAUGUGAUUAAACGAGCUCUCAUCUCUGGAAACGUUCAAAGUAUCCUAGAACCACCUGGAUUGUGCCGUGAUGAUGGUAAACGACCUGAUGGAAUGUCAUUGAUACCUUGGAAGCGUGGAAAAGCACUGAUUUGGGAUGUCACCUGUGUAGAUUCUUUAGCAGAUUCCAAUAUAGUUUCAUCUAUCAAAGCUGCUGGAACCCCUGCAUGUGAGGCUGAGAAAAGAAAGUGCGGAAAAUAUAAAUGUUUGGAAGACAAGUUCAUCUUCAUACCAUUAGGGUUCGAAACUUUUGGACCUUGGGGACCUUCAGCCAAAGAAAUUAUUUCAACUAUUGGCCAUUUGAUUUAUUCUCGAAGCAGUGAAGCUAGAUCUACUGAAUACCUCCGCCAAAGAAUUUCAAUUGAGAUUCAGAGAGGCAAUGCUGCUUGCAUUCUCAAUACUAUACCAUCGAGCAAAGGUCUCGAAGAAAUCUUCUAUAUACUGGGUGAUGCAUUUCCAAUAAGAACCCGGACUUGUGCAAGCAGAUCUACACAAGAAAAUCCAUGUGAACUCGUUAAACCCAUCCAUGCUGUUGAUCUCCCACCCACGCCAAGUGUCGUUGAGUCAUAUUCGAGUAACCUGUCAACCUAUUCCACACCAUCUGCUUUCGCAGAAGUCAUAGAAGAACUGUGGUCGGAAGAUUCGACUGACCAAGGUGUCAAUAUGAACUCUUUGAAGUGCACAAUCCAAAAAUUUGCGCCGUGCUUCAUCGGUAAUGCAGAGCAAGACGCACAAGAGUUCAUGAGCUCUCUGCUCUUGGGUUUGCACGAGGAUAUCAAUAAGGUCAUCGAGAAGUCCGAUUUUGAGUUCACAGAUAUCGUAGAAAUUGUGGAUGUCAACGAAAAGGCUUUGGAAUCGUGGUCGAGAUUCUUGAAAGUGGAGAAUUCGGAGAUAGUCAAUAAUUUCGUUGGUCUGCUUAAGUCUUCAUUGAAAUGCACGUAUUGCGGCUAUUUCUCAGUGACGUUUGAUCCCUUUUGGGAUUUGUCAUUGCCAAUACCACAGCGAACGCGCCAACUAAGUUUGUUCCAGUGCUUGGACUCAUUUACCAGAGAGGAGUCAUUGGAUGGCGAAGACAAGCCUACUUGCUCCAAAUGCAAGGAAAGGCGAGAAUGUACAAAGUCAUUAUCUAUCCAGAGGUUUCCUGAAAUUCUUGUCUUCCAUCUGAAACGUUUCUCGCUGGAUCUGUUCGUAGAAAAACUGAACGUCACAGUUGAUUUCCCUUUAAAAAAACUGGAUAUGAGCUAUUACGCAGCCGAUGGAAGUGUACCGUUCCACUACGAUCUAUAUGCUAUUUCAAACCAUAGCGGUACCAUCAACAGUGGUCACUAUACGGCCUACUGCAAACAUCCUUACUCGAACAUCUGGCACGAAUUCAACGAUUUGGUAUCAAUCGUUGUUGGACAGAACUUGUCGGAGGGGUGUUCAACCCAGAUCGCGAUUAGGUGUCGUCUUCACCUCAAUGGUGGAUAUCAGACGACUAGUCCGGAGAUACCUGCUGGGGUGUGUGAAAUUUUGCCCAGAGACACCAACAUGAUGUCGUAA